AUGCGAAGGCAAAAAGGUAGUAAAAAAGAUAAAACAAAACCAAAUAAAACUAUUCAAAAAUCCUUGUCACGUUCUUCUCUAUCAUCAUCAUCAUCAUCUUUCCUUCCGUCACAAACUGCAUUACCCUUACUAAAUAUAAAUUAUUCGAAUGAUCUUACAAAUGAUGAUUUAAACUGGAUAUAUACUCCAAUAGUAAAUAAAGGUGGUAGGCCAAAGAAAAAAGAUGAUUUUAACAAUAACAUCGAUGAUAAUAUAAUAUUAACCAAUAGUCCAAUUAGUUCACCGAGUGAAAUAAAUGGUGGUCGAGUUGUUGUUAAUCCAGCUGUGCUGCGAUAUCUUGAACAAAAUCGAAAUACAAAUUAUUCAUCAAUAAUCAAUAAAACUCAUAAUAGAUCCGAUGUUCUUUUUAAUAAAGAUGCAUCAAUAAAUAUGAACGACGAGAGAGAUGAUCAUUUAUUUGAUGAUUUUUUCAAAAAUUUCGACGAACAAGAUGAAUCAAUUGUUAAGAGUGAUACUUGUUUUGAUCCAUUGUUAUCAUCAACAAUUAUUUCACAUCGACAAAAUAUUUCAAAUAAUGAAUUCAAGGAACUUGAUAAAUUUAUGCAGGAUGAUCUAUUCUGGAAUUUUUGUACAUAUUCAACAGAUUUUUUAACCAGUGCUCGACUUGCUCAAUGGAUUUUAACUCCUGAAUAG